GACUGCAGCGAGGGGCGCUGCGCUGCACGCUGUAGUGUGCGCCCGCCGGCUUUAGGAGCCUGAGGUCAGAACCUGGUGAAGGCGGCCCAACCUUCCCGUCCAGCUAGGGCCAGAGGAAUCCAAAAGCAGCCUCUGCGAGGUGAAGCGCUCCGGACUGCUGAGGACAGAUCAGAACUUUGCAGAUUCCAGGAUGUGGUGUGGGAUGAGGUCCCUGAGGAUUUGACUCACCUCUCCACCCCCUUUUCUCCUCCACUCCUCAUCCACUGGGCUCCGAGCCUUCAGCUGUCAGACCCCAAUUUCGUGGCAGGGUGUGGCGGCCCUGAUUUCUGUUUGCAAGCACAGCCAGCAGCCCAAGAGCAAGGUCCCAAGGCUGGAUAUUUUUUGCCUUGGCUGCUUAGCCUGGGCCUCAGAGUCUUGAGAGUAGACGACUGAGAGUAGGCCAGGGCGAAGCCUUGUGCGCCAUGGCGGAGGGGCAGAAGGGUCCCGCCACGGACUGGGAGAUCGAUGUGGAGAGCCUAGAGCUGGAGGAGGACAGCAGCGGAUUAGCGCUGCCUGCGCCGCCCGGGACCACCCAGCCGCCGGCCGACGGGGACGGCGAGGACGACGAGGACGCAGAAGACGAGGACGACGAGGACGCAGAGGACGAAGGCGAUGGCGAGGAGGCGGGCGCGUUCCCGGAGGUGCCAGGCCGGCUGGAGGAGCAGGGGGCACUGGCGCCGAGGCCGCCUCCAGCGCCCCAGGCCUCGCAGGCGCGGGCAGGGCCCCCGGAGCGCGGUGCUAACGCUGUCUGCGGUUCGGAGCCGCGCAAGCUGAGCCGCACGCCCAAGUGCGCGCGCUGCCGCAACCACGGCGUGGUGUCCUGCCUCAAGGGCCACAAGCGCUUCUGCCGCUGGCGUGACUGCCAGUGCGCCAACUGCCUGCUGGUGGUGGAGCGGCAGCGCGUCAUGGCCGCCCAGGUGGCGCUCCGCAGGCAGCAGGCCACCGAGGACAAGAAGGGGCUUUCUGGGAAACAGAAUAAUUUCGAGCGGAAAGCUGUGUAUCAGAGGCAAGUCAGGGCACCCAGUUUGCUGGCCAAAAGCAUUUUAGAAGGCUACCGCCCCAUUCCAGCGGAAACUUAUGUGGGAGGGAAUUUACCUCUACCUCCUCCAGUAAGUGACCGGAUGAGGAAAAGGCGGGCCUUUGCUGAUAAAGAGUUGGAGAACAUUAUGCUGGAGAGGGAAUAUAAAGAGAGGGAGAUGUUGGAAGCUUCUCAAGCUGCUGCCUUGUUCCUGCCCAACCGCAUGGGACAUGGUCCUGAGUACAACUCCUACAAAAGUGCCUACAGCCCCACUCCGGUGGAACCACCAAGCAAAGACUUCUGCAAUUUUUUGCCCACCUGCCUUGAUCUAACCAUGCAGUAUUCAGGGUCCGGGAAUAUGGAACUCAUUUCUUCCAAUGUCAGUGUGGCCACAACUUACAGGCAGUAUCCGCUGUCCUCGAGAUUUUUUGUUUGGCCCAAGUGUGGCCCCAUUAGUGAUACCCUCCUCUACCAGCAGUGCCUGCUAAAUGCUACCACAUCAGUUCAGACCCUGAAGCCUGGGUCCAGCUGGGACUUAAAGGGAGCACGACUCCAGGAGGGACUUGGAGCAGAUCAUGAUAUGAUGCCACUGAAAUUGGAAGGCUCUCUGGUGCUGCCUCACACUCCUGAGGGCCAGACCUUGAGAAAUGACCUUCAGGGUCACCAGACCGGCUCGGAGAGGUCUGCGUUCUCCCCACCCCGACGGAAUUUCUCGCCCGUUGUUGACACGGACUCCCUGGCAGCUCAAGGGCACGUCUUAACCAAGAUCAGCAAAGAAAGCACCAGGCACCCUCUGCCACUUAAACAUAAUCCAUUCCACUCAUUAUUCCAGCAAACUCUUCAUGACAAAUCAAGUCCUGAGUUGAAAACAUCAUCUGUCAAAGAGGCCUUUGAAGAGGCCCCUAAAAAACCCAGAGAGUGUUUAGUUAGGGAGAAUCAGAAGUACACGUUUACAAUAGAUAGAUGUGCAAAAGACCUUCUCGUAGCCAAACAAGUUGGAACAAAACUCUCAGUGAAUGAACCGCUGUCAUUUUCUGUUGAGUCUAUUCUUAAGAGGCCUUCGUCUGCCAUUACUCAUGUCUCUCAGUGAAAGGCUGCUUACAUGGAAAGCUGGAUUUUCUGCAGCCUCAGAGGAUUCUUACAAGUCACUAAUUUUUUUUUUUUUUAAAGUUAAGAUGCUUGUAUAAAGAAAUUUCUAAUGGAAAUGAUGAUGAUUUAAAAAAAUUAUAUGUUCGUAUGCAUGUAGUUUCCCUUGCCACAUAAAUAUAUUUAAACCUAAAGAUGAAAAUGGCUUACAUGCAAAUUGUAAAGUUUUAGGCUUUACAUAGCAUUUCAAAAAGCAAUAAAAUUGACACUGUUUUCUAAUAGACCC